GUCGUUUUUUUUUUUUAAAUUGCAAAUUCUAAAUUGAAAAUUCCCGUAUGAAGCGUCAAAGUCUCUGGACCCCUAGAAGAUGGCAAUAUUUAAUCAGGAUUCAAGCGCGAUGGCCCCUGCACUGUGCGCGCAGGCACUAUUAUAUGGAUGAAUAUAUGAAGGAGCAAUCGGAUCAUAAUUCUGGAACCAUCCAUGACAUCGUAAUAAAGCUACGUGAGCGCACGGGCGUCGACAUUGGGUAUCACAUUAGACCCAAGUCGCGAGAGAAUCUGCUCAAGUACCAGCCCAAGCAGGAGGAGCUGCCGACGCGCAGCAUGAAGGAUUCCUAUACCAUAGUAACUGUGCCGUUGUACGGCAAUGAGCUGAUCCGAGAACGUUACGUUAAUCACCUGGGCCGGGUGCGUUUGGGUCGCCUGAUGGAGGACAUGGACAUGUUUGCAGUCUGGAUAUGUCAUCAGCAUAUCCAGCUGCCAAAUCUGCCCAAGAAUGUGUUCUUGCCCUAUACCUUCGUCACAAUCCUCGUGGAUCGCGUCGACUUUAAGAACACGGAGUAUUUAGCCCUGAACAAGAACUUGGAGCUGAGCGGCUUUGUUUCCUGGACCGGCAGCAGUUCCAUGGAGAUAACAAUCUAUGUGCGGCAGCCGGUCGAUGGCGAGUAUGUGAAUGUGACCAAAGCGCUGUUCAUAAUGGUUGCUCGGAACGCCACCAACACGGGCCCAGCUCCAGCGAACACCCUGAAGCCAGCCGACGAAAUGGAGCAAAAAUAUUGGGAAGCGGCGAAUGAGCGACAAAUCGAACGCAAACGAGCUAGAGGUGAAAGUGUAUUCAUUUCACCCCCGCUGGAGCAUGAGCAGGCAAUCAUGUAUAAUGUUCUCCAGCGGACCACGCCCCCAUACACCUUUGAGCUGAACAAACGCAUAUUGCCGCACCGUUGCCGCUGGAUGAAGGACAGCAUGUGCUCGACCCUGUUGAAACCAUAUCCACAGAAUCGCAAUUCACAGAACACGGUCUUCGGCGGCUACCUGAUGCGUCAGGCCGUCGAGCUGACCGUCGUCAUGGCCAGCGUCUAUGUGGGGGAUACGCCAAGAUUGAAGUGCAUAUCGGACAUAAGUUUUCUGAAGCCUGUUAUGGUCACCGACUUCCUGCAGAUGAACGCCCAUGUGGUGUAUACGUCGCACAACUACCUGCAGCUGAUGACCAUUGCACAAAAUUUCAAUACGGACAGGCAAGAGCAUACGACGACCAACAUAUUCUACAUCACCUUCAAGGCGGACACCAUUGUGGAUGAGGUGCUGCCGGGAUCGUAUCGUGAGAUGCUCUGGUAUAUACACGGACGUCGGAAAUUCUUAAGUGCACUCAAUCUUCAGAUGCAGUACUUUCCAGAUAAAGAGGAUGAAGAUGACGACGAGGACCAGAAAGAUCACAAAGAAGAAGAAACUUGUCAGCAAGAGGCGCCUGCAAAAUAAUCAAGACCACACUUAGUUUGUUCUUUUCCUCAUACCUCGACACUGAGUUCCGGUUCUGUAAUGUUUUAUUUUCUUUUUACAAAAUUGUUUGUAAUCAGCGGGGCUUGUACAAAGUAUUUAAAAAGUC